CGCCAUUCAAUAGCUGCCUGGCCCCUGUGCGUGAAGGAAGCACGGCGAGUUGUGAGCCACCCAGGAGAGUCUCGCACCAUCUGCACGGAAAGAAAAGCGCGUCUGUAGAGAAGGAGUCCGACGAAGCGCGUCGACAUGGGCAUCCGAAAGAAGACGAACAAGAACCCGCCGGUGCUGAGCCAUGAGUUUGUCAUCCAGAACCAUGCAGAUAUUGUUUCCUGUGUUGCUAUGGUGUUCCUGCUCGGGCUGAUGUUUGAGGUCACCUCAAAGUUUGCAGUAAUAUUCAUUACUGUCCAGUACAAUGUGACGAUCUCAUCCAAUGAAGGCCCAGAGGAGACGGCGGUGAACCACUUCCACCACGGCAUCAAGGACUUGGCUACCGUUUUCUUUUACAUGCUGGUGGCCAUCAUCAUGCACGCCAUCAUCCAGGAGUAUGUGUUGGAUAAAAUCAACAGGAAGAAGCAUUUCUCCAAAACUAAACACAGCAAGUUUAAUGAGUCGGGCCAGCUGAGCGCCUUCUACUUGUUCUCCUUCGGUUGGGGCACAAGUAUCCUGCUUUCUGAACACUUCCUGUCCAAUCCUGUCUCUCUGUGGGAGGGUUAUCCUCACACCCUGAUGCCGUUCCAAAUGAAAUUCUUCUACAUUUGUCAACUGGGUUACUGGUUACAUGUUCUCCCUGAACUUUAUUUCCAAAAGACAAAGAAAGAGGAUAUUCCACGUCAGCUUGUGUACGUCUUCUUGUACCUGGCCCACAUCGCUGGCGCCUACAUUCUCAACCUGAACCGUCUGGGCUUGGUCCUGCUGGUGUUGCACUAUUUCGUUGAGCUCCUGUUCCACGUUUCUCGCCUGGUCUACUUCAGCAACGAGAGCAAACAAAUGGGCUUCAGCAUCUGGGCUGUCUUGUUUGUUCUUGGACGGCUGCUCACCCUGUCCCUGUCUGUCCUCACCGUGGGCUUCGGCCUCUCCACUGCUGAGAAACAAGGCUUUGAUCUGGCCUCAGGGAACUUCAACAUUUUCUUCGUUCGAGUAACCGUCCUGGCAGCCAUUUGCUUCACGCAGGCCUUCAUGAUGUGGAAGUUUAUCAACUUUCAGCUGCGCCGAUGGAGAGAGCAUUCCGAUGCCCAGGCCUUGAAAAAGAAACAAGCUCCUUCUAAGAGCAAAUCAAAGAAAGACAAAGCCAAUGGAGUAAAUGGAGUGAACUCCCAUGGUGCUGAUUCACCAAGAUUGAGAAAAGAGAAGUCCUCAUAAGAAAAACAAAGAAAAUACAUUCCCCUGAGCCCUUUGCCCCCCUUUCACACCCCCACACACCUAUCUCAAAGAACCAUCUCGCCUGGGGUCUUCAUGGUCGUGUCCAGCCAGCGGAUUCCUCAGCUCCUUGACCCCGAUGUGCGUUUUUCCAACUCCCACACAAGACAGCCCUCCCAGCUGGAAUUCCCAGGGCCGUUUAGCUUUCGCUUGUUGUUCCAAGUCUUUGC